AUGGGCCAUCACCAUCAUCACCGGAAAACCGGUAAAACCCCAAGAUCACUCCCUUCUUCCCCAACACAUUCUUCUUCAUCUUCUGAUUUUGAAUUCACUGUGUCGCUUUCGCCCCGAAAAUCAUCCGCAACGAAUCUCUGCCCGGCAGAUGACCUGUUUUACAAGGGCCAGCUUCUUCCCCUACAUCUUUCACCUCGUAUCUCCAUGGUCCGCACCCUCCUGUUGUCCUCCUCCUCCACUUCCUCCUCCGCCACCACCGCCCGCCACUCCUCGGAUUCGCAUUCGUCGUUUUCGACCGACGGAUGCUGCGACUCCUCCCGCCCUAGCUCUGUCACCGAUGACGACCUCCACCUCCACACCAAACUGGUUAAUCCGAAUUCGAAUAACGCUAGCAUCGUCGCCAACAACCACAAAAAACCGAAUAAGUAUUUCUCGUUAUCGAGAUUCUCAUCCGUCUUCCGUAAGGAAACGAAAACGUCGACGAGUAAAGUAGAUCCGGAUAUCAUGGUAUCCGGAUCUUCUGUCAAACGGAUGAGUGCGACAGCUAAAGAAAUGAUAAGAAAAUAUCUGAAAAAAGCAAGGCCGUUGUACGAGAAACUCUCGCAGAAAAGUGCCCCGUCACAUCAGUCGCCUGCUGAGACGACUAAAACUGACGGGGCCAGGAAGGAAAACGAUGUGAUUUCUCACUCGUUUUCCGGAAACCUUAGGUACCCGAGACGUAGAAGCUGCGUGUCAAGUUGCCCAUCGUCGAUGCGGUCAUCGCCUAGCCACUCGGGCAUAUUGUGCCACAACAGUGUGGUGCGAGGAGCCGGCGGCAUCUGCUCGAGCAACUCUUCUUCUAUGGAGGAACUGCAGAGUGCGAUUCAGGGGGCCAUAGCUCAUUGCAAGAACUCGAUGACUCAGAACAAGUAGAAGAUCAGAAGAACAAAGAGGAUAAUAAUAUCUGGAGUGUACAACUGCUUCAGCGCAAGGUACAAGUCGUUAACAGCGUCUGUGAUCUGGAUCUGACUGUUUUUAGUAGAUCGCUAAUUAAUUGAUAGUGCUUUAAAUUAAAAUUUGUAAACUCUUAAGAUUGUUUUUUGUGGACUUGUUUCAAUAACUUAUUUCUAAAUUUUAUUGGUUUUAGGAA